AUGUCGUACAACGAGAAUUAUGACGGAAACAACGGCCAGCGAGGAUACUACGGAGAGAACGGAGCUGGGCAGGCGGAUCCUGGGAUGAGCCGGGGGGAGUAUUACGAACAGGUUCCCCAAGGUGGACAGGGUGCACAAGGUGGACAGAUUCCACAGGAUGCAAAUGGGUACUACGAACAAGGGUACCAGGAUGGCGGAUACUAUGACCAGCAGGGCCAGGCGAUGGGCGAUCAGGGCCAGCAGGGCCAGCAAAGCCAGCCAAUGAACGGUCAGCCGAGCCAGCAGAUGGGCAACCAGAUGAACAGCCAAAUGGGCAACCAACAAGGAUACUACGAGCCCGGCCACGGAGACGAGGCGUACUCGGACUUCAGCUACGGCCAGGCCGGGGGCACAGCAUCGGGCACCCAGUACGACGAGUACGGAGGAGGGGCACAGUACACGCCGUCGCAGAUGAGCUACGGCGGGGGAAGGUCGUCGGGGGCAUCGACCCCUGCUUACGGGGCAGCCCCGUACGACCAGGGCAUGGUGGUGCUCCCCACAGACCCGUAUCCAGCGUGGACGGCGGACAACCAGGCACCUGUGACUGUGGAACAGAUAGAAGAUAUCUUCAUCGACUUGAGCAACAAGUUUGGGUUCCAGCGGGACUCGAUGAGAAACGUCUUUGACUACUUCAUGACGUUGUUGGACUCGCGGUCGUCGCGGAUGUCGCCAUCGCAGGCAUUGCUCUCAUUGCACGCGGACUACGUGGGCGGCGACAGGGCCAACUACAAGCGGUGGUACUUUGCAGCCCAGAUGGACAUUGACGACGAGAUCGGGUUCCGCAACUUGGAGGUGGGAAAGAUGAGCAGGAAGGCCCGGAAGGCAAAGCGGAAGUCGAAGAAGGCCCGCAAGGCCGUUGAGGAGAACGGGGGCGACACCAGCAAGACGCUGAGCGAGUUGGAGGGCGACGACUCGUUGCAGGCGGCUGACUACCGGUGGAAAGCCAAGAUGAACGGGCUCACACCCUUUGAAAGAGUCCGGCAGAUCGCCCUCUGGCUGCUGCUAUGGGGCGAGUCGAACCAGGUGCGGUUCACGCCGGAGCUCUUGUGCUUCGUGUACAAGUGUGCCCUGGACUACUUGUACUCGGACGCCUGCAAGAACCGGACGGACCCUGUGGCAGAGGGUGACUAUCUGAACCGCGUGGUGACCCCCGUGUACCAGUUCCUGCGGGACCAGGUGUACCAGGUGGUGGACGGGCGGUUCGUCAAGCGCGAGCACGACCACAACCACGUGAUCGGCUACGACGACGUCAACCAGCUCUUCUGGUACCCGGAGGGCAUCGCCCGGAUGGCCGUGGAUGACGGCACGCGGAUCAUCGACUUCCCACCCGAGGAGCGGUUCUUCCACCUCGGCGACGUCGACUGGGACAAGGCCUUCUUCAAGACCUACAAGGAGGUCCGGACCUGGCUCCACGUGGUGACCAACUUCAACCGUGUGUGGAUCAUCCACAUCUCCAUGUUCUGGAUCUACGUUGCGUACAAUGCACCAACUCUCUACACCCACAACUACGUCCAGGUGUUGAACAACCAGCCGCUUGCAUCCUCCCGGUGGGCCUCAGCCGCCCUCGGUGGCACUGUGGCAGUCAUCAUCAACAUCUUCGCCACGAUCUUUGAGUGGUUCUUCGUGCCCCGGGCAUGGGCCGGCCGCCAGCACCUUGCCCGCCGUAUGAUGUUCCUCGUGCUGCUCUUAGCAAUCAACUUGGCCCCCGUGGUGUUCGUGUUUGCGUGGGCCGGCCUCCAGACGUACUCCAAGUCCGCCUACGCCGUCUCCAUCGUCGCGUUCUUCAUCGCAGUCGCCACGAUCUGCUACUUGGCCCUCAUGCCUUUGGGCGGGCUCUUCACGUCGUACAUGAAGAGUUCGUCGCGUCGCUACGUCGCCCAGCAGACCUUCACGGCCUCGUUCUACAAGCUCCACGGCCUCGACAUGUACUUGUCGUGGCUCUUAUGGUUCUGCGUGUUCAUCGCCAAGUUCUCCGAGUCCUACUUCUUCCUCGUGCUUUCCAUCAAGGACCCGAUUCGCGACCUCAGCAUCAGCGUCAUGCGGUGCAGGGGUGAGUCCUGGUUCGGCGACGUCUUGUGUCGCCAGCAGGCCCGGAUCACCUUGGGCCUCAUGAUCGCAACCGACUUCAUCUUGUUCUUCCUCGAUACCUACAUGUGGUACAUCUUGGUCAACUGCGUGUUCUCCGUCGGCCGCUCCUUCUACUUGGGUAUCUCCAUCUUGACGCCCUGGAGGAACAUCUUCACCCGGCUGCCUAAGCGGAUCUACUCCAAGAUCCUCGCCACAACCGACAUGGAGAUCAAGUACAAGCCAAAGGUGCUCAUCUCCCAGGUCUGGAACGCAAUCAUCAUCUCCAUGUACAGGGAGCACUUGCUUGCCAUCGACCACGUCCAGAAGUUGUUGUACCACCAGGUGCCAUCCGAGGUCGAGGGAAAGAGGACUCUUCGGGCCCCCACAUUCUUCAUUUCCCAGGACGACAACAACUUCGAGACCGAGUUCUUCCCCAAGAACUCCGAGGCUGAGCGCCGGAUAUCCUUCUUUGCCCAGUCCUUGGCAACCCCGAUCCCAGAGCCUUUGCCAGUCGACAACAUGCCAACUUUCACCGUCUUCACGCCUCACUACUCUGAGAAGAUCUUGCUCUCUUUGCGUGAGAUCAUCCGCGAGGACGACCAGUUCUCCAGGGUCACCUUGUUGGAGUACUUGAAGCAGUUGCACCCCAUCGAGUGGGACUGCUUUGUCAAGGACACCAAGAUCUUGGCCGAAGAGACUGCUGCCUACGAGAACAAUGGCGAGGACAAAGACGACGAGGUCAAGCAGGAGAUCGACGACUUGCCCUUCUAUUGCAUCGGCUUCAAGUCCUCUGCUCCUGAAUACACUUUGAGAACUCGUAUCUGGGCCUCUCUCAGGUCCCAGACCUUGUACAGGACCGUUUCCGGAUUCAUGAACUACGCUAGGGCCAUCAAGUUGUUGUACCGUGUCGAGAACCCGGAGAUUGUGCAGAUGUUCGGCGGAAACGCAGAGGGUCUAGAGCGUGAGCUCGAGCGUAUGGCCAGAAGAAAGUUCAAGUUUGUCGUUUCCAUGCAGCGGUUGACCAAGUUCAAGCCUGCCGAGUUGGAGAAUGCCGAAUUCUUGCUCAGGGCCUACCCAGACUUGCAGAUUGCCUACUUGGACGAGGAACCACCACUCCACGAGGGUGAGGAACCUCGAAUCUACUCGGCUCUCAUCGAUGGCCACUGCGAGAUCCUGGAAAAUGGAAGAAGAAGACCAAAGUUCAGAAUCCAGCUUUCCGGCAACCCGAUCUUGGGAGACGGAAAGUCCGACAACCAGAACCACGCACUUAUCUUCACCAGAGGUGAGUACUUGGAGUUGAUCGAUGCCAACCAGGACAACUACUUGGAGGAGUGCUUGAAGAUCCGGUCUGUUUUGGCCGAGUUCGAGGACAUGAACGUGGAACACGUCAACCCUUACGCUCCAACUUUGAACAAGGAGCCCGGCAAGGUUACCCACCCCGUUGCCAUUGUCGGUGCAAGGGAGUACAUCUUCUCCGAGAACUCCGGUGUCUUGGGAGACGUUGCUGCCGGAAAAGAGCAGACCUUCGGUACCUUGUUUGCCCGUACUCUUGCCCAGAUCGGUGGUAAGUUGCAUUACGGUCACCCCGAUUUCCUAAAUGCCAUCUGGAUGACCACCAGAGGAGGUAUCUCCAAAGCCCAGAAGGGUCUCCACUUGAACGAGGAUAUCUACGCCGGUAUGAAGGCCAUGAUCCGUGGUGGACGAAUCAAGCACUGCGAGUACUUCCAGUGCGGUAAAGGUAGAGAUCUUGGUUUCGGCUCCAUCUUGAACUUCACCACCAAGAUCGGUGCCGGUAUGGGUGAGCAGAUUCUUUCCCGUGAAUACUAUUACAUGGGAACGCAGCUCCCAUUGGACCGCUUCCUCACCUUCUACUACGCGCAUCUCGGUUUCCAUAUCAACAACUUGUUCAUCCAGCUCUCGCUUCAGAUGUUCAUGCUCACCUUGGUCAACUUGAAUGGUCUUGCACACGAGUCCAUCAUCUGCAUCUACGACAAGAACAAGCCCAUCACCGAUAUCUUGUAUCCGUUGGGCUGCUACAACUUGUCGCCGGCCAUCGACUGGAUCAGACGUUACACCUUGUCCAUAUUCAUCGUCUUCUUCAUCUCCUUCGUGCCCUUGUUGGUCCAGGAGUUGAUCGAGAGGGGAAUCUGGAGAAUGUGCUACCGUGUGGGCCGCGACUUCAUCUCUCUGUCACCUCUAUUCGAGGUCUUCACAGCCCAGAUCUACUCUUCUUCGCUUAUUAACAACGUCUGCGUCGGUGGUGCCCGUUAUAUUGCCACCGGUAGAGGUUUCGCCACUUCCAGAAUCCCAUUCUCUGUCUUGUACUCUCGUUUCGCAGACUCUACCAUCUACAUGGGUGCCAGACUCUUGAUCAUGCUUCUAUUUUCAACCGUCGCUCACUGGCAGCCGGCUUUGCUCUGGUUCUGGGCCAUUAUCGUUGCCUUCUUGUUCUCUCCAUUCGUCUUCAACCCUCACCAGUUCGCCUGGGAUGAUUACUUCAUCGACUACAGGGAUUUCAUCCGCUGGCUGUCUCGUGGUAACACCAAGUGGCACAGGAAUUCGUGGAUCGGCUUCGUCCGUCUCACCAGGUCCAGAAUCACCGGUUUGAAGCGCAAGACCAUCGGAGACUCUUCCGAAAAGGGUGCUGGUGACUUCACCAAGCCUCACCGGUCUAACUUGUUGUUCUCGGACACCAUUCCGUGCGCACUCUACACGGCUGGUCUUUUCGUCUGCUUCACAUUCAUGAAUUCUCAGAAUGAGGUCAACAAGAGCUCCAAAGUCAACUCCUGUCUCAGAGUCGUCAUCUGUGCCUUGGCUCCAAUUGUCAUCGACAUGGGUGUUCUUGGAGGCUGCUUGGGCAUUUCAUGUUGUGCAGGCCCACUUUUGGGUGUCUGCUGCAAGAAAACAGGUGCCGUUAUGGCCGGCAUUGCCCACGGUAUCGCCGUUGUCGUCAAUCUCAUCUUCUACAUCGUCAUGUGGUGCUUGGAGGGCUUCAGUUUCGUCAGAAUGUUGAUCGGACUCGCCACCAUGAUCUACAUCCAGAGAUUGGUGUUCAAGAUCAUCACCUUGUGUUUCCUCACCCGGGAGUUCAAGAAUGAUCGCUCGAACAUCGCCUUCUGGACCGGUAAAUGGUACGGUUCCGGACUUGGAAUUGCCGCAUGGACUCAACCUACAAGAGAGUUCUUUGCCAAGGUGAUCGAGAUGUCGCAGUUUGCAGGAGACUUUGUCUUGGGACACGUGAUCCUCUUCCUUCAGUUCCCAAUCUUGCUUCUUCCUUACAUUGACAAGUGGCACUCCUUGAUGUUGUUCUGGUUGAAGCCUAACAAGCAGAUCAGACCUCCGAUCUACUCGCUCAAGCAGGCCAGGUUGAGAAAGAGAAUGAUCAGAAAAUACUCUGCCUUGUACUUCUUCGUGCUUAUCGUCUUUGUUGUGUUGAUUGCCGCCCCUGCUGUUGUCGGUGCUAUGGACUUGGUCAACUUUGAUGACAUCUCCUUGCCUUCAUUUGCCGAGGGUCUUUUCCAGCCAAGACACCAGAGUAAUAACGAUACUGGUUUCGGUUCUGGCACUUACAAGCCUCACUGGACCACCACUACAUCCUUGAAGACAUUCUCCACCAAGGCUUGA